AACAAAGGCCAAUGGCUAUACAUAGAAGAACGUAUGCCUUUGUUUUUAUGUGUGGUUCUCUUUUCUUAUCCCUACGAAACGCAACAGAUCAAUUUUUCUUUUUCACACAUUCCUUCAAUAUAUAUCAGAACAAAACAUUAUUCGCCUCAAGAGAACAAGAAAGAAACAAUGUCUGAAAUAGAAAACAAAAAGCAACAACAAGAACAAGUACAAGAACAAGAACAAGAAUCAUCAGCUACUGCUACGACAUGGCCGGAUAUCGAAGAAGAACUCGCGAUACCGGAGGUUUUACAUACCGAAAGCGUCAAGAAACUUCACAUGAGCAUACAAACCGAGUGGGAUUACCUUCAGAAAUCUGCUUGCCAAACAGCUGCAGGAAGAGCUCUGUGGAAACAUGUCAUUCAGGAUCCUCUCGCUCAUUUGUUUGCCGGAGAGACACAUUUGAGAAAUUUACACACAAAGAUUCAGAAAGACCGGCUCAAGAAUGCUCGAGAGGUACCCGGUGUGAUUCUUGCUGUUCGAACUCUUUGGUUUGAUACAAGAAUUCAAGCUGCUCUUGAUUCUUUCGACAAUGACGCGGCUCAGGUCGUUCUACUCGGCGCAGGAAUGGAUGCAAGAUCAUACAGACUUAACUGUUUGAACAAAAGUGACGUAUUCGAAGUUGAUUUUCCCGAUGUCUUGGAAGCGAAAACGAGUCUAGUUCAAGCCGCGGUAAAAUCCAGAGCUGACCUUAGGAUGACGGCGAAAUCACUAGUCAGAGUAGCAAUCGAUAUCAGAGACAAUGACUGGUUCGAAAAGCUUAAGAAGUCUGGUUUUAUGCCAGAUAUUAACACUGUAUGGGUUCUUGAAGGCAUUCUCUAUUACCUCUCUCACACAGAGGCAAUGCAAGUACUGAACCUCAUAGCUGACAAGUGCGCCGUAACCAGCACGGUUCUCUUGGCUGAUUUCAUGAAUAAACCGUCUGCUACGCUACCGAACUCUGUUUUCGACUUUUACAGUGACUGGCCUGAUCAGCUCUUACCAUCUUUGGGGUUCUCUCAUGUCAGCCUCUCGCAGAUUGGUGAUCCAGACGCGAAUUUCGGUCUGCUGCACGAUCCGCUGAACCUCUUCAACAAACUUCUUCGCCUACCAAGGUCCACGCAGAUUCACCCGGACGAUGGAACACCGUGCUGCCGCUUGUAUUUGGUCGAGGCCUCUGGCUCCCCGCCUCCGGAUAAUCCCAUAGAGAACAAAGUGUGA